AUGGCGUGGUGUCUUGGCGCGGGAUGGUCUUCGCAAGCUGUUCGAGCUUGUGGUGGGCGCCGACGGCAUUGCGACGUAUGUGUACAGAGGAACACAGAAGCGCUACAGCUCCCGUUCAGCCCUGGCCACUUUCGCAGCGCUGAUUUGGGCGAUGCCGCGAGCGAUCGGUCCUUGAACUUGAGCAAGCGGCGACUACCGCGUUCGAAAGCGCAGCUUAUUGUGGACGCGGCGGAAGACGCUGAGCUCGACGACAUUCCAGUGACGCAGCUGAAUCUGAGCCACUUACAAAUGACAGCAAUCUCUGGUCGCGUGUGGAACUUGGACCGGCUGGAAACGCUCGAUCUGAGGGGGAACAAGCUCGACCGCAUUCCAUCGGCCAUCCAAGACCUCACGGCGCUCGUCCACCUGGACGUGAGCCACAACCGUCUGGCAACGCUACCCGUGGGGCUCCAAACGACUGCAUCUUUGCGACACUUACACGCAUCGCACAAUCGUAUCGAGACGUUCUCUCCAAAACUAUGGAAGCUUCGUGGCUUGCUGUCGCUCGACUUGAGCUACAACUUGAUGGCUGACCUCCCCUUUGUCGAAGGCGACCUAAGACUGCUUCGGGAGACCAGCGCGUGGCAAGUUAGCAUCGGGCUCUUGACGGCCUUGACCUCCCUCAACCUGAGCAACAACAACCUGGUGAAAUGUCCUGCGCUCAUCGACAACUGUACCGCCCUUACGACUGUCGACUUGAGCUACAACGCGAUCCCGUCUCUCGAGACCGAAUUCGGCAACCUUAGGGCGCUGGAGACAUGCUAUCUCCAGCAUAAUGCGCUGGUAGAGCUGCCCGACAGUUGGGGCCGGCUCGCGAGUCUACACACCCUCGACGUGAGCCACAACCACCUGACAAGCCUCCCUGCGAGCGUGGGAAACUGCACUGCACUGGCUGCGUUAGACGCAUCGUACAAUGAUCUGUCCGCUCUCCCGGCGACAAUCAAGUCACUUUCGAUGCUACGGCGCUUGGACUUGAGUCACAACUCAGCGUUGGUGUUUCCGAACGUUCUUCCCGCCCUAACCAGUCUCGAGACGGUGGUGUUUGACCAUUGCAACCUUCCUGACCUACCGACAAAUGCACUGGCUUACACGGCAGACAUGCCCCUCUACUCGAUUUGCCUUGGCCUUGAAUCACUCGACCUCUCGUUCAACCGCCUCGCAACCGUGCCAGACGACCUCGUGCGACUCUUUGAAUUGCGCAUGCUCAAGCUAGACAACAACAAACUCCGCCACCUCCCCGGACGUCUGGGCUUCCUUCAGAAGCUGGAGCACUUGGACAUGUCCCACAACGUGUUGCAAUGGCUCCCCACGACAUGCCAUCACCUCGUCAACGUCAAGUUCGUCUCGGCCGCGUUCAACCAGCUCGAGCGGCGUCCUCCCUACUUCUACGACAAGGCAGUGUUCGUCGACUGGAGCGGCAAUCCUUUCAAUGCUACCGAAGUUAUGGUACGGCCGCUGCUCGAGAUGGCGGCGCAGGCUAAACACGACCUCGAACACCGAAACUACAAGACUGCCGCUGCCUUGUUCACUGCGCUGCUUAAUCAAGCCAGCGCCGUGUCUGUGAUGUCCAAGGAGUUGGAGCCCAUACGAGCUCAUGCGACGUUUUACCGCGGCAUUUGUAGGUACCAGCAAAUUUGCCGAGCUCUGUCCGCCAUCGAAGCACUCAGCAUCGAGGCUUCCACCAUCGAGCAAAAGCUCAACGAGCAGCGCCUUGUUGAGCCAUGGGACGUGAUGACUCUGUCGACAGACGACCGCCAUGCAUCGCAGACCCAGCUGGAUUCGCUUAUACAGGAGAAAAUUGAGUUGCGAACAGCCGUUCAGGAGUGGAAACUUGAAGCACAGGCCGACUUCAAGCAAGCCAUUCGGUACCAAGUCGAGCCCACCACGGCCGCGUUCACUCUAGGCAGCCUCUAUGCCAAGACUUUCCAGCUGCCGGAAGCCAUUGAGAUGCUCACACACGCUCUCAAAUACUUCACCAACGGCAUCACACAAGGCGCAGUGCCGAUUCUCCUCCAAAGAGCAGAGGCGUGGGAGCAACUCGGUCAGCCGCCGAUGGCGAACGACGACUACAAGCUCGUGCUGACCGUGGACCCGUCCCACGACAUCGCAAUCGCCCGAUUGGCGGCUCUAGAGACCCAUCAAGCAAAGUAUCACGUCGGAUUUGACACGGAUGCCCACAAACGAGCGUUCGUGAUGGAGCCGAACGGCAUAUGCCACCGGCGCAAUGAUCCCACGAUCUCUCUCACCCGCCUGAACGAGAUUGAUUCGCCGACAAAGUUUGCUGAAGCAUGUGACAGCCUGCGAGAUGCGAAACAAAGGGCUAUGUACAUUGAGGUGACCAAGAAGGUGGAGGCCAAGAAAUCGCGGCAAGGCCGAGUCACGCAAGUGAAGCAGCUCAUGCGCGAGAUCCAAGAGCGCCAAGCCAUGGAGCGGGAAGAGGAGGAUCAGCUCGAGCGAGAAGCCGCCAUCGAGUUUUUCCGGCGACAGAAAGCACUCGAGUGGCAGCGGGAGGAGAACGAGAGGCAAUGGAUGCAGUAUGAAGAAGCGUCCCAGCGAUGGGUGGAAAGCGAAUUGGAGCGGAUACGUCUAGAGGAGUUGGCGGCGCUAGAGGAAGCACGGAGAAAGGCGGAAGCCAAAGCCGAGUACAAGAAGCGCCUGGCAAGGCGGGGAGGCCUUCGUCAAGGCGGUCGCAGCGGCAAGCGAUAG